CAGAACACCUAGGCGUUACUACUUCAUCACUCGCGAUCACUCACUAUUAGGAAGACAGUGGGACUUAGAGACGUUGGCUCGCGACCAAUUUUCGAGCUCCGUACUCCGAGCAAGGCUCUAUCUGAUAGACCGCCACAGCGCUUCCGUGGAUUCCAUGGCUGCUUCACAUGCCGCGGGCUCGGGCUCGCUCAUCGACUGCGCGUUAGCCCGAUUAGUCACUACAAGUCAUACGGUAUGCCAAGAUUCCCUCCGUAACUGCGGCAGAAGCGGCAGCGACGAAUAUUCCACCAGCAACCCUAUUAUUAUUUCCAACUCCAGCCGCGCCGCCGGUCAUCACAGUGGGGGCGGCGAAAUUUAUGGUGGAGUCGGCGAAAUCGACGGCGGAGGCGGUGAAACCGACGCUCGCGGCGGUAGCAAGGAAGAAAAGGCGGAAUCUUAUGUGUGGAAGAAAUACGGGCACAAGUUCCUCUCCUCCCAGAAUGCUAAGAGGUUCUACUACCACUGCGCGGAGCGCGACACCACCGGCUGUCCCGCGAAGCUCAUAAUCGAUAAGGUCCCCAAGAAAAAGACGGGCAAGCGCGCCGCCCGUCCAGGCUGUACUAGUACGGACCUGCGCGCGCGUGAAGUCCCCGAACGAACUGCCGCGGCGCGGCCGUCAGGCGAAGCCGAUGUGGCUGUCGCCAGCGGCGGGGGGGAUCGCGGCGAGUCCGCUUCGCAGGGAACGGAGGUUGUUAGGGAGGAGGAGGAGGAAGAGGAGGACGAUGGCGGCGACAAAUUCGGGUGGGAGGAAAACCAGGCGGUUCUUGACGCGCUUCCGGUGCUCGAGCGACGCGUCGAUCGCACGCUCACGCCGCGCCGCUUCUGGUGCCGCAAUCGCCACAACCACCCGCCGCCGCCGCAGCAGCCGCUGCACAUGGUCGUCUCCGGCGCCGCCGCUGCCGUUGCGCAGCCCCGCGUGCACGCGGCGGCGACGACGGCGGGCGCUGCUACUUCCGCCGCCGCCGCCGCCGCCGCCGCGGUGCUUUCGCGGGUGGGCACGACUCGGACCGUUCCGCCUGCUGUCGCCGCGACGAUUUCGCCGCUGGUCGCCGUGACCGCCUACUCCAUCAGCGGCGCCGCCAACGCCGCCGCCCCAGCCGCCGCUGGCGACGUCGGCAGCCGCGGGGGAACUCCUUUCGGCCCGCUGACCCCGCCAUCGGCGGACUGGGCUCCGCGCAGCCUAAUAGUUCCUCCUAAGCCGCGGAAUCCACCAGUCGCAGCGACGGAGCGCGGAUCUCCGCCAUGGGGGUUUCCGCCAAUCGGGCACAUGAGUCGGAAACGGCCGCGGAGCCCGCCCGCGGACGAGUAUCAUCGCACUACUACGGAUGGCGCAGGCUGCGCCGCCGCUGCUGAAGAAAGGAGCAGUCGCGGCGGCGGGUGCUGGGCGAGGGAGCUUCGCAGCAGCGCGGAGCAUAAAAGACCUUCGCCGCCGCUGCAGAAAGGAGCAAUCGCGACGGCGGGAACGACAGCAGCGGCGACGAACGCGAUGAUGGGGGCGACGAGCGGCAACGAUGUCAAGCGACGCAAUAGUACCGCGUUUUCCCCGCCUUCUCCGCGCAUCGUUCCCGCCGUGAUGGCGCCGCUGCGCGGAAGCAAAGCGGGCGCAAGCUUUGCGGAUGCAGGGACCGCGGAUGCCGGAGCCGCGGAUGCAGGGGCCGCGGAUGCCAGCGACUCUGCGCCCGGAAAGACAGACGAGGGGUUCGAAACGCUCUGGUCGUAUCUGGAGGCGAAUAUGCGACACAAGCUGGCGACCAGCCUGCCACGUGGCAUGGGGAAUCUGCCACGUGGGAUGGUGACGGAUUUGCCACUUGGGAUGGCGGAUUUGCGACGUGGGAUGGCGGAUUUGCGACGUGGGAUGGCGGACGUGGCCGAGGUACAGCUGGCAAGGCGGUGGCAGCACGAGGAGGGGGUGCAGCAGCAGCGACCUGAUCAUGCCGCUCAUGCUGCCACUCAUGCUGCUCGCCUCUGCCCCAAUCUUCCAACCUUCUCUUCCUCCCAACACGCUGCUGCUGCUGCUUCUGCCGCUGCUGCUGCUGCGGGGUCUUUCAGUCCUGAUGUGUCUUUGGCAGCCUCCCGCCUUGCCCCCCUGACAUACGCCCGUCCACCUGCGUCGCCCCCGCUCACGCCAGCAGUGGCUGUGACGCACAUGGGCAUCCGCCUGCCGCCGCCAGCGCACGAAGCUCCGACUAUCGAGCAACUGUUUUCUGAGGCGCCUCAGAAAUUUGCACCUGCUUCGUCCCCUGUCAUGCCGCUCACGCCAGCAGCGCCUGUGGGGCGGAGCAUGCAGCCACUGCCAGCACAUGACCCUCCGACUAUCCAGCAGCUGUUAACACGUGGCAUCUUCAGCACGCAAGUGCUAGCAAACAGCGGCUUUAACACACAACUGCUACCAGCAACUACCUCCUCCCAGGCCAUUCGGCAACUAUUGCCACCACUGGUAGGUGCCGCUAGCGCUGGCAGUGACACACGCACGGCGGGCAGAAGCUUAGAAGAGAUCCGGGUGCGCUACAUCCAACAGCUGCAAAAGGCCCAGGACGUGUGGGGGGCGGUGUGGGGCGCGGAGAGAGCUGGUGCCGUUUCCCAAGCCGAUGCUGGAGUGAAUGCAGUCAUAGGCGGUGCUUCGAUGGCUAGCAGUGCUGCGAUGGGUGGAUGGGAGGGAGGGAGGUUCAGAGAACACAAGGGCACAGGCGGGGGUGGAGACAUAGGGACGCGGGAGGAUGCAGAGAAAAGGUUGGUUGACCCCUUAGGAAGAGGAGGGAACCCACCCGCUGGACGAGGAGUAGAUGGUAAAGCAGAAGACACACAUGGUGGUAGUGCGUGCUUGGAGGCGGGAAGGCUAAGGAAGGAGGGGGAGGGAGGAGGGGAGGAACAUGUGGCAGUGGAGAUGGAUCUGAUUGGCCAGCUUGGCGCUGAGGCUGCAGGCUGCGCACAGACCAUGGGAGGUCCCCAGGUGCCCUCAACAGAGCUCUGCCUCUGACCAUGGGAGGUCCCCAGGUGCCCUCAACAGAGCUCUGCCUCUGACCAUGGGAGGUCCCCAGGUGCCCUCAACAGAGCUCUGCUUGUGAUGGUUGCGCUGCUUCCAGUCGAACUCGAGCGAGAGUCAACAGAACUGCGUCCCUCAGUGAGCACCGCCAAACCCAAUGUCAACCAUGGCAAGCCCAGCGCCAUGGCAUGGCAUGGCACUGGUACCCCAAGCUGCCAAGCUCCACACCUUAGCAAGCACCGCCAUGUCAACCGAGUCCCUCCCAGCAUGCAGUGCUCAGGAAGGCACUUGCUGCGGCCUGAAUCAGGCCCCUGCUUGUGCUCAUCUGAAUUGCUUGAAUUGUUUUUGUAAGCCUGUAGCUGUUGAAAGAUGUCGCCACCCAA